GAAGCUGCUUUUAUGAGCUCUCAUAGUGCCACAGUUUCUUCACUUUUUACAGCAUUCUCUGGUAGGAGCAGUGGCAUCAGGGGAGGUUCUCAUGAGCUGCACCAGCUCUGGCACCAUGGAGCAGCACCUCCGUGGACUCGCUGUCCCUCUCACGCCAUAGCUGCCCCGAGGUGGGCUUGGAUCAUUGACAAGGAGAUUAAUCCCUUUGUGGAUAAGUGGGAAGAAGAAGGACAGUUCCCAGCACAUAAAGUGUUUAAAAUCCUGGGACAGGCUGGAUUCCUUGGUGUGGAUAAGCCAACAGAAUAUGGUGGCAUGGGUUUGGAUUUCUCCUAUAAUAUUGCAGUGGCAGAAGAGCUGGGAAAUAUCCGUUGUGGAGGUAUUCCCAUGGCCAUUGGAGUGCAAGCGGGCAUGGCUACCCCUGCCCUUACAAGGUUUGGUUCUGAUGAGUUGAAAAAACAAUUCCUUGUACCAACUAUAGCUGGUGAUUUUGUGGCUUGCUUGGGAAUCAGUGAAACUGGAGCUGGGUCAGAUGUCGCAAAUAUCAAGACAACGGCCGUGAGAAAGGGCAAUGAGUAUGUCAUAAAUGGUGGUAAGAUGUGGAUUACAUCUGGGAGCCAGGCAGACUGGAUGUGCCUCCUGGCAAACACCAGCGAAGGACCUCCCCAUCAAAAUAAAUCUCUCAUAUGUCUGCCAAUGAAUCUACCUGGCAUUCAUGUUGCUAAAAAGAUAGACAAACUGGGUAUGAGGUCAUCGGACACAGCUCAGAUCUUUUUUGAAGAUGUAAGGGUCCCCUGCAAGAACCUCAUCGGUGAGGAAGGAAACGGUUUUACAUACCAGAUGUUGCAAUUCCAAGAAGAGCGGCUGUGGGGAGUAGCCAGUGCCCUGAUACCACUGGAAACUAUUAUACAAGAAACUAUUGACUACACACGGCAGCGGAAGGUGUUUGGCCGGCCUGUCCUGCACAACCAAACCGUGCACUUCCGCCUGGCCGAGCUGGCAGCCGAAGUGGAGCUCCUGCGCUCGCUGCUGCACCGCGCCGUGGCUCUCUAUGUAGAAGGCAAUGAUGUGACAAAAUUUGCCUCCAUGGCUAAGCUAAAGGCAGGUCGUCUGACCCGUGAAGUGACUGAUAGCUGUCUCCAGUUUUGGGGAGGAAUGGGAUUCACCAAUGAAGUUCUCGUGAGCAGGCUUUACAGGGACUUGAGAUUGGUGUCAAUAGGAGGUGGCUCAGAUGAAACCAUGCUUUCCAUCAUAUGCAAAUACAUGGACAUACUUCCAAGAAAGUGAUGCAUCUGCACUCUUCCUUGAAAAUGAAGAAAGCAAGAGCAUGACUUGUGCUGCACGCUGAAGGGGUACAGAUCAGUAAUUUUGCCAUCAGAAAGCACAUCAAAGUCUUUCACCAUUACCACUCUGUGUUUUCCAAUGUCAAAUUCUUGUUGAAAUGAAGCACUCUGAAAGCUUGUAGCCUCCUGUAUUCCCUUUCUUCAGUGAGUGGCCUAAGUUUUCCAAUGACCCUUGCUAAGCACACAGAAAAUAUGUUCUUUAAUCGAGCUUUAUCUACACUUCCGAGCAUCUAAGCUGAUAAUUAUGCAACAGAACUUCCAUAUGAAUGGAAGCUAUGUAGCUUAAUCUCAUCUCAGUAAAGUUCUGCUUUCAAGAUGAACAAUCAUGGCACAAAUUAUUCCCUGCCAUAAUGAAACCUCAGAACAGUGCCUUUCCUCUCAAUUAAAAGAUACCUUCCCUAUCUUUCACUUUUAGCAAGCAAUCAUUAAAAUGAGCUCUGUCAUCUUUGCCAAAUCCGUUUCAAUUUGUACUCUGCUCUGUCAUGGACUUUUGGUGAUGGGAGUAGUGUUAAAUUUUUAUUUGCAGAAUUCUACAAACAACUGUUUAAGUGUAUCUGAAGCUUGCAGAGGCUGAACUUCAGCAGCAAUGUACCAUGUUGUAUGCAUAAUUAUUAAGAAAAAUAUUAAAAAUAAACACAUUAAUAUGAAAACUGUGCAUAAUUA